GUGAACACACUGAACACUGAACAGGAGAGAGGCUUAAAUGUAUAAUACUCUUCAUUGAUUGAGAUAUGUACUCACAUCUGUUUCUAUCAUCUGCGAUGCGUUGGUUGAACAUCCCCAAAGUGACAAUAAAAUCUCGUGCAACAUUUUUUAAAUAUUAGACAUCAAGUAAAUGAUAAGAGAUGUAUUAAUUCCACAUUUAAGAAUAUCUGGAAAAAGGACGAAAGUACUCUUAUUAAUCGAAUGACGACAGAGGAGCAUAAACGUCUAGCUGACAUCGUGAAGGAAACUCAUGCUCUGUUGCGCGCCGAGUGUCACCAAUAUGGCGCCGAGAUGGCAUGGAAACGCCAUUUGGCGCGAAAUGAUGUUCUGCAGAGAUAUGCUAUAUCCAUGCAGAAAUUGGCCACUAAGUGCUGGGUGGACAGUAAUUCAGAUUUGAGAAACGGAACAUUCUGUAGAAUAGAAUGGAUAAAAACUCAAUGCAAAGAAUACUUUUACAAUGGUGGUAGAGAAAAAUAUGAUAAGAAAGAGCAGGAGAUAAACGCUAAAAUGACUUUUUUUUCAGCAAAAUCGUACAGUGAAAGUGCAACGUGCGAGAAAGAUCCAAGCCAUAUGGAAAACGGUUUACAAAAUUUUUAUGAACGAAGAAUAUCGCUUUUAGAUGUAGGAAGUUGUUACAAUCCUAUAAGUAUCGACAAUGCGUUUGAUGUAACUGCGAUAGAUCUAAUUCCCACGGUAGGAGUCUAUCGAUGCGAUUUUUUGAACAUUGUGAUCGGAAAGGAAAAAAUUCUCUCACGAGACAUGCAGGAGAUUUGUCAAUUGCCCACGAAUUUCUUUGACUCUGUGGUAUUUUCCCUAUUGUUGGAAUAUCUCCCAUGUCCAAAACAGAGAUACAUCUGCUGCAGGAAAGCAUACGACGUAUUAAAGAGUGGUGGCAUCCUGAUUAUUGUGAGUCCAGACUCGAAACACGUUGGUGCAAAUGCGAGAUUGAUGAAAUCUUGGAGGUACACGCUGAGCAAAAUAGGAUUCAUGAGAAUAAAGUAUGAGAAACUACGUCACAUUCACUGCUUGGUGUUCAGAAAGUGCGUGUACAAAGACGUAGCGAUACGGUGGUCCAAGUUGCAUCGUUUUUUUGAGACUGAUAAGAAAUAUUUGUCCGAGACAAAGAUUUUUAUUCCGCAGGAUUUUCAGACCGUCCGCUCUAAGGAAGAACGAGAGAAAUUGAAUGAAUAUGAGGAAACUGAUAUAGCGAGUGCUUUUUCUGAAUUACCAUUUAAUAACGAAGCAUCAACAUAA